AUGAGUAUGGCAGGCAAGUAUAUUAUCAAAAAUGCCACGGUGGUCUCGAUAGACAGCAACAUCGGCAACGUUCCCAAUUGCGACGUGGUAAUUGAAGAUGGAUUUAUCUCGGCCGUUGGUCCUAAUCUGCCGCAUUCUUCAGACCACACGGUCAUCGAUGGCACGAACGCGAUCGUGUCACCUGGCUUUAUCGACACUCACCGACAUAUCUGGCAAACUCAACUGACGGCGAUCGGCACGGACUAUGUCCUGUCCGACUAUAUCCUAGAUCUGCGACAUAUUUACGGCGCUUCUUACUCUGCUCACGAUGCAUAUAUGGGGAACUACUGCGGAGCGCUCGCCUCCAUCGACAAUGGGAUUACAUACCUGAUCGACCAUUCUCAUAUCAUCAACUCUCCCGAGCACGCCGAUGCUGCUGUUAAAGGUCUCAAGGAUGCGAAAAUUCGGGCGACCUUCUGUUAUGCUAUGUAUCGGAACCCACCCUGGGACGGGUCCUGUAUGGACCACGAGCGAGAAGAGAAGACACCGGAUUGGAGGUUACAGGAUGCUCGGCGGGUCCGCGAGACACUUUUCCAGUCCAAUGGGCCGGAGGAUCUGGUCCGGUUCGGGUUUGCGCUGUCUGAACCGGACCUAACGCCAAUCGACCGGCUGGUUCAUGAAAUUGAGCAAGCCCGAGCGAUGGGCGCCGCGGUCAUCACGGCACACAUCAGUAUUGGCAAAUGGGAUCCGGGCAAUUGCAUAACACGGCAGCUGGGACAAAGAAAGGUGCUCGGCCCCGAUAUGGUUCUCAGUCACUGCAACAACUUGCGCGACGAUGAGAUAGACUUUGUCCGAGAGUACGGCGUCGGGACUGCGACCACGCCGGAUACGGAAUUGCAGAUGGGAAUGAACCAUCCCAUUGCUUUCAAGGCGAAAGAUCGGAACUGUACCGCCUCUCUGGGUGUUGACGUAUGCUGCAGCGCUCCCGCCGAUAUGUUUGCUCAAAUGCGGUUGUUGCUGCAGGUGCAACGACAUCUCGAACAUGAGAAAGGCACCGGAGCUCCCUUGAAGAUGUCCCGGAUGUGCGCAGAGGUUCUGGAAAUUGCGACCAUGGGUGGAGCCAAAGCGGUUGGACUGGAGAAGGUCAUCGGUAGUAUCACUCCGGGUAAACGAGCAGACCUCUUGAUAACGAGGUGUGACUCUCCGAGGCUGAUCCCGGCCCACGACCCCGUUGGAACGCUCGUGCUCUUUGCGAAUGGGUCCGACAUCGAUACCGUCUUUAUCAAUGGUGAGAUCGUCAAGUCCGGGGGCAAGUUGGAAAAUGUGGAUUGGCCAAAGAUUCGCGAAGAACUACGAGCAUCAGUCGCUUCAGUCAUGGAGAGAUCGAAGAAGGCCCCUAUGGAGGAUGUGGAGGCCGCGCGAGACGUGAUAGUGAAAGCGAUUGAUAGCAGAAUCAGGCGGCCGAGGAAGGCGUGCGGUACCUGCAAGGGCCAAAAGGGAGGAUACCGAAAGCAACACGUUGCAACGCCGUACGUUGCUAAUGAUUCCCAGAUCCGCUGCACGGGAGAGCGUCCUAGCUGCAAGAGAUGUCUGAGACUCAAACAUACCUGCAUCUACAGCACUCCGGCACAUGUACGAAACCAUUCGAAGUGGCGGCAAGCUUCCACUUCUGCGGUGGACGAGUAUGCCUCGCCAGCGCCGACAGCGGCUCGAGGAGCGAGACCCACCGAAGUAGCACAACCCGCCAAUACUCAGGUCCCCCUACCCUCGGUUCUUCUGCAUCAGCCUGCACUGGAAGAGCGAUAUCUGGGGAUACCAAAAUCGUUGGUGUUCACGUUGGUGGAAACUUACUACGACAACGCACACCUCCUGCUACACAAAAGACUGCUUCUCGAGUCCGUCCGUGCAGAUACCGCUCAACCACAUAUUGUUCUAGGAAAUGCCUUUGACUUACUUCACAUCAUCGGGCUGGGAUCUGAAACCCCCCAGACGCAGAAGUCGUGGAAAUGUGAAAUCCGACGCCGACGCUUUUGGGCCUGUUAUCUGAUGCACUGCCACAAUGGUGAAUGUCUGUCACUUUUGAAACCGGUGGCGGACACAGGUAACCUGGCAUUACCGUGGCCCGAGGAAGAUUUUGACAUUGGUGUAACUGACUACCCUCGGGUGACACUGAAUUCCAACCAAAGCAAUGGUGGAAUUUACACCGAGGUGAUCAAGGCUCUAACACUCUGGGCUUCCGUGUUGUCAUUCAUUAAGAGUUCGGGGCCCUGCCUCAGCGCAAGAGUCCCCGCCAUCCAUGCACUGGACGAGAAGAUCUCAGACUGGUGGCGCCGACUCCCUCCUGAUUUCCGACUGACGCCGUCGAGCAUUGCGACAGCACCGCAAGAAGCCCUUCCGAAGAUCCUGCUGGUGAAUAUUGUGUAUCAUCAGUCCCUUUGCGCUCUGCAUGCGUCCAUCGUCCCCCUUUUCUGUUGGGGGGAGGGCGAUGACAGCUGGUCUUCUGCACGACAGCUGUCGGCUCAAAUUGCCUAUGACCACGCUUGCGCAGCGUCUACCUUGAUUGAAGUGCAUACUGCGGAGCACCUCAUCAUUCUCGAAAACGAGCCCAAAUAUAUUGAUGCCAGGAAAUUGACGAGCUUCAAAGCCAAUGCCCCUCAGGCUCAAGCUUCAAUCCUCGAGUUCAACGCGAUCUUACGUUCGAAGAAUGACGGAUAUGUCAAGCCAGGGGAGGAGGCGGUUCUCAGAAUUGAGCAGGAUCACAGUGAAAGCGGACCUCCGUCUCGGGGGUCGAUUUCCAACAACCAUGAAGAUAAGGCAGCACAAGCGGCUAAGACCAUAAAUGACGGUAGGGUGACAAUGUACUUUUCUCAUUUUCUAGAUCCUCCUACAGUGAAAAGCCGCUCACGCCCGGCAAGUCGGAAUCACUGGUCGCAUUCCUAUACCACAAUACCCUCGCCGCCAGUGUGUGAGGAAGAGAACCCGGAAGGCCAACUACAGCAACAGCCUCCGCACGAUCUCUCGGCGACAUUGCGAUAUCAGCACACCGAUCUGACGCUUGCCGAGAACCAGACUCUUGAUAUAUUCCAUCCGUUGCUCGACCCACAGAUGCUCGAGCUCUUUCCCGAUGGCGACCUGCCCGAUCUCUCGCCAUUCGACACGAGCCCGUUCAAUCUGGAUUACUUUGACUUCGAGAGGCUCAGCAGUGCCACGAGCGCCGUGGUUGGUACGGAAACUGAUGCUAUUGUCGUAAAUCAGUCCGAAACCAUGACGUCGUCGGGAUGGGGAGGUGCUGAAUGA